AACUUAUUUAUCGUGUGUUUCGCGGAAGUGUAACGGACCGGAUAGGCGAACCGCAGUCUUGCGGCACCCUUAAAACGAAGCAACGGUUGCUGCAGGGGGCCGACAAUAGCCGGCCAGACUCUACCUGGAGGAGAGACUCCGUGCGUAGCGUAUGCAAGGAGAAGCUGAGACUCGGAGGAGACUCGAGCCUGGUUCCCUACUCCCGUGUCGUGUCGCGGCGUUAUAAGGGACACCUGGUGAGCGGCGGCGUGUGUCUCUUGGUGUGCAGGGGAAGCAAGGGGGCGGGAACCCGGGUGAGCGCCGACGCGUCAGAGACUGCGUCCAGGCGGUGGUGUUACUCACUCGCCUCGCGUAUGUCAUGGGCGCUCGCUGGCCGGCGCUUAUACGUUGCCGCUUCCUUAUGCCGACGAUCCGAGGAUAUAACUGUCAUCGGGACUCGUUGUCAGUGAUGGUUAAGAGCUCAUCCCGGCCGAGCCGCGUGCCAGGUGAAGCUGUUUGUUACUACGUCGAAAAAUACCCGGUACUAAUCGGUCGUCCCGUAAAUCGUUGUUGUUCCACCGUCGUGAUAAUCUAGUGACACCAGUGUCGUUUUAUGUCAUACAUCCACGUAUUUGUGACGCGGGUGCUCGGUUUACGUGUGCAGGUUAUGGUUAAGGUUUAUUGUGAUGACACUGCGUCGUAGAUGCCCGAAGUUGUUUACCGUUGUGUCUCGAUGAGGCUGACAAGGUACGAACGUACAGUGCCGAAGGGGGACGAGCCGUUGUCAUCUUGUGACGGAAGAGGCGAAUCAACGACGUGACGGGUGCAGGGAACGGUAUACGUAUUGCGUUGUAUAAUAUAUAAUAUAAACAAACAAAGGAGUGAAGAAACGGCGAGUGCGAGUUCGGCGAGGCCGGAGCGCGCGCGUGUGCAAUAGAAACCCCUCGCGAAGGGUGAAGGAAGACGGUGGUUGUUGCGGAGGUGAUAGGAGACGAGGUGGACAGGGAAGAGGUGAAAAAGAAUAGGAGGAGGAGGAGGAGGAGGAGAAGGAGAAGGAAAAAGAAGCAGGACCAGCCGACAGGAGUGUACCAACCGGACUAAAUGUGCGUCAAUGGAAGGUAUAGGCAGCAGUGUUUCCGAUCAUCAGCACCAUAGCGAGCAAUUACUGGAAUCGGUCGAUUCUCCGUCGGCGGUAAUACCGUCUACGCAUGGCCGUGGCGGCGGUGGGGGCUCGAAUGGUAACUGCGUGGGUGGGGGUAGACACCACGAGGGCAGUAGCCACGGUGGCGGGGGUGGCUGCGUUGAAGGGAUGUCGUCUGCCUCGCAGAGUCCCGAUAUCGCGUGCGCGAGCCUACCGUUGGAACUGCUCGCCUCGGCCGGUGCACUCGGCGUCAAGGAAGAGAAGGAACGGGAACUCGGUGUCGCGGAGGACCUGUCCUCGUCACAGGAACCACCAGGAGGAGAAGGAGGAGGAGGGGGCGGCGGCGGUGGAGGCGGUGGAGGUGUUGGUUCCACUAGGGAGUCAUUAUCCGUCAUCGUGCCGCCGCAGGACGUCGACGUCGACUCUCGGGACGCCGACUCGGAACUCUUGAGUCCGGGUAAACUCUCGCCGACAUCGGGGAUAAGUGUAUCAGUGGCAAGCAUGAUCGACGCUACGGAUUUUCGCGCUAUGCAACCUGAGCCUACUUAUCAGACGCUAACUUCCGUCGCCGAGAGAAUGUCGCCGCCUGGUUUUAGUCCGGGUUCCUCCUACGCCACCCUGACACCGCUCCAACCGUUGCCACCGAUCUCUACUAUGAGUGACAAGUUUGUUUACGGUGUACAACACACCGGCAGCGGUGUUUCCGGUAGUUUUGCCGUAAUGCAGAACAACGGUCUUGGUAACAUCGGACUUGGUAUCGGGGGUUCGCCUUAUCCUUACGACAAGCUACCAUCCAUGGGUAUGUCACCUCCGCACAAUUAUCCCUCGCCCGGCGCGGGCCUUCAACCAAGUCCCUUGUCACCCCAGAGCGCCUACAGUCAGAGCGGUCUCAAUUCACCUCACAAGUCGGCCAGUCCGCACUACGAACCUGCCUUUUUACCGAGGCUACAGCAAAGUCCGGCGGCACUUAGCCCACCAUCACCACCGACCUCCGCUGCGGCCAGUUUUGCACCAACGCAUCACUCGCCGCAGAGUUUAUCGGUACCGACAUCCUCGCCACCGCCACCGAUGCAGACGCAAAUUCAACAGUCGGCUUUACAGCAGCAACAGCAACAACAACAGCAACAGCAGCAGCAGCAGCAGCAGCAACAACAACAACAGCAACAGCAACAGCAGCAGCAACAGCAGCAGCAGCAGCAACAGCAGCAAUCUCAGUUGAAUCAACACGCGCAACACGCUCAGCAUACUUCGGUUGUUAUGAAGACUGUAUCUUCGGCUGGUAACGGGGCCGGUGAAGUUGAGGAAAUAAACACGAAGGAAUUGGCACAGAGAAUCAGUGCCGAGCUCAAAAGAUACAGUAUCCCUCAGGCGAUAUUCGCCCAACGAGUGCUGUGCCGGAGUCAGGGUACCCUCAGUGACCUUCUUCGUAAUCCUAAACCUUGGUCGAAACUGAAAAGUGGUCGUGAGACCUUUCGACGGAUGUGGAAGUGGCUACAGGAACCGGAGUUUCAGCGGAUGUCUGCCCUCAGACUGGCAGCGCUAAGCAACUGCUCUGAGAGUGGCGGUGACCCGGACGGCAUGCUGGACCCUCACCAUCCCGGAUCCGGAAUCGACACGCACCACCAACAGUUUCACAACUCGUAUGCUGCGCAAAUUCCACAUCGAGCAACAUGCAAGAGGAAAGAAGAGAUGGUGACCCAGGCCGAACACCAACAGCCCGCCCCCAAGAAACCACGACUGGUUUUCACAGACCUUCAGCGCCGUACUCUACAGGCUAUUUUUAAAGAAACGAAGAGGCCGUCGAAGGAGAUGCAAGUGACAAUCGCGCGUCAGCUCGGUCUCGAACCAACGACAGUUGGGAACUUCUUUAUGAAUGCGAGGCGGCGUUCGAUGGACAAAUGGAAAGACGAAGACCCGAAAGCCGUUGCUGUCGACGAGGGUCAAUUGUCACCGACGAUUGGCCUCGGAUCUCGGCAAGCAUCCGACGUUUUGUGACAUACGUCCGACCACGAGGAGUAUCACGACGAGUCACCCGAAGAGGAUCUACCCUUUUCAUAAAUCUUUUCACACACACGCUGCACAGAUCUAGACGGACAAAGAAAUGCAUCCGCGGUUACGGGAAAAGAGAGUCGUUGUUCGAUUGAUGGGGAAAAACAAUCGAAAUUAUACGUAUAAAUACACCUGAAUUCAUGCAAUUCAAAGUAAACCGCGAACUUCAUUACCGCAAACUAUCUGUGAGUUUUUAAUUCAUCAUUAUUAAUAUUAUUACAUGUUUUCUGUUUUAGGUAUUUUUUUGUUUUUUAUUGUUUUUUUUUUUUUCAAUUUUCCCUUCGCCAAUCGCCACUGUAUACUUAAGGUGCCAUAUUUUUGCCAUUUAUAUAUAUAUUUCAUUACUAUUAUUAUUUAGUGUAGGCAAAGAUGAUUUAUUCCUAUAUUAUUAUCGUUAAUAUACUAUUAUCAUCAUAUUAAUCCUAUUUCAAUAUUAAUAUGUGUUGUUAAAUAUGUAUUGAUUUAUAAUAGGUAGACAAAUACUUCGUUCACAAUUCGUAUAUAUAAUAAUUGUGCAGCUAGUCUUUAUUUCUCGGGUUAAAAAUCAUCUUUAAAAGAUGAUCCGUGUAUUGAAUACAUAUUAUAAUAUCUAGUCAAAAUUUCGUUGCUAUUUUAUUCGGUAAAUGUAAAGUUUUGCUGUGUUUUUGUUUCGCGUUCUUUUUUUUUUUUUUAAAGUUUUUUAUAUCUUUUUAAUUUCUUUUUUUUAUGCAUUCAGCGGAAAACAAAUCGUACGUUGUGUGCGAAUAUCAUUUUACACCUACAUAUGUCGCAUUGCUAAUCCGCGUCGAAAUCGAACAACGUACUCGAAAUUUUCACCGUCGUAAGUGCAGUGAAAAAAGAUUAAGGAACGAAAGAUCGACUCGUUUUAUAACUCCUUGCUGGUCGCCCGGACAAAAGUUAUAUAAUACGUGUAUAAAUUAUAUUACAAUAAUGUUUAGAAUAAGUAUUAAUAAGGAUCGGUAUAAGAAUAGAACAUUUGUAUAAUGCACAUAGCGAUAUUACAUAGCGUAUAAUCAACAUAAUUUGAAGUAAACAAAACAAACAAACAAACAAACAAACAAUAAUUUCACGAGAAACCAGAUUGUGAGGAUAAAUAAAAAAUAAAAUAAAAAAUAAAUAAACAAAAAGGCAAAGAAGAAUAACGAAUAUGCC